AUGGCGGCGCUGCGUAAGGCCUUAGCGAAGCGUCUUCUCACCGGCACCCCCAAAGACUCAACCCUUGUACUCUCAAAACACUCAGCUAUUCCUAACGACGCUAAAGCUGAAUUCCGCCGUGAAUUCUUCACCACGUCAGAAUCCUUCGCCACAGGAUUCCUCCGCCGCUUCCUCCAGCGCCGCGCCAUUAACAACCACUCCUCCCCCACCUUCCUCACCCUCCCCGUCGGGGACAAGCUCAGAGAUAAAAUCAAAUCACUAAACAUCGCCGGAGACCACCGUGAGGCUCUUAACUGGAUGAACCCACCUCCAUCACCCUCGCCGCCGAACGAAUCCAACGAUUUCGUCGUGAAAAUUAAGGAUGUCAAGAAAAUGCUCAGGUUUGUUCAGUUGGAGAAGGUUAAACAAAGACUAAGGAACAUCCCGGAGAAUACAAUUCCGUACGGCGAGUUCGUACGGAUUUGCGGUGAUGUUUGUGGGAAUGAAGAACACGGGCUCGAGUUUUCAAGAGCCUUGGAUGAUUCCGGCGACGUCAUCGUCCUCGGUACCGUCGUUUUUCUCCGGCCAGAGCAGGUGGCCAAAAAAAUGGAGAAACUAAUUUCCCAAUCUAUAAUAGCCAUGCCAAACGACCCAAGAAGGAAAGAACUGGCCCAUCUAGAAAAGGAAAAGUCCAUAAUAGACCAAAAGGCACAUUCUCUGGUUCAAAGAGAACUCUACUUUGGGCUGGGCUUUCUUAUUCUUCAAACGUUGGGCUUUAUGAGGCUAACUUUUUGGGAACUAAGUUGGGAUGUAAUGGAGCCCAUUUGCUUCUUUGUGACAUCAGCGCACUUUGCAAUUGCCUAUGCUUUCUUCUUGAGGACAUCACAAGAGCCCUCCUUUAAUGGCUACUUCCAGAGACGUUUAAAAGUCAAGCAAAAGAAGCUUAUGCGAAUUUACAACUUUGACCUUGAAAGGGUUGUGGGCAACGAUAGUGGGGAUUUCUCGAAUUCGCGGCCAUUCUUUGGACUCAAAUUCCUUUACGAUUCGCGGCCAUUCUUCUCAUCUAUUGAGCUGAAUCUUCUCGAAUCCUCUUUACGUAAUUGA